CGCAUAGAAGAGGAUAUGUGGUCCGAGUCACGUUCACAGUAUGGUGGGUCCGAGUCGCGAUCACAUUAUGGUGAAAUUCAGCGAGGCCGUUUACAAUCUGGAAGACCACGCAGCGCAAUUUUGCAGGUGCUGAAAAGGUCUUGGCCUGAAACGCCAACAUUUAUUCCGCUCCAUAGAUGUUGCCUGACACGUUAAGUUCUUCCUGCAUCUUGUGAGAAAUCUGUUUCUGAUUGCUGACCAGUAACUGAGCAGGAAUUGAUGCAGCACCAUCCUCUGUGGAAUAGUUUGCCAGCAGAUUUCCACAGAACAGUGCAAAUAAUGCAGAGGAGGCCAGAUUAUGACCGAGGAGGAGGUGCCAUCAGCCGCGAUUAUAGUUGUUAUGCUCAUUCUGAAGAUUAUCGAGGAUAUUCUGAAGUUCGUGAAUUUGGACAUGGUCGAGUAUUUGGUCCGCCCCUCAAAACUGGCUCAUGGGGUGAUGAAAAUUCCAGAUGGCCCAGAGAUGAAUAUUCAGGAAGUAGGCAAGCUGAUUACAGGUAUAACUCAAGAAGAAACACCUACUAUUCCUCCCAAUUUGCAAGAGAGCGUUCACCUCAUAAAAGGGAAGUUUCUUUCUACAGAGAAGAAUCGCCUCAUAACCGCUCUGGAUCAAGCACGAGCAGCAGAAGCUAUUCCCCAGAAAAGGGCAAGCAGCCACCAUCCUACCAGUCCCAAUUCAGUAGAAUGAGAUCUCCAUCAGAGGAGCUGCGUAGCCCCGGGUCAUUGCACGAUCCAGACCCUCAUACUGCGGCAUCACCUGUUGCAGGCACCCAGGGGAGAAGGCACCGGAAGCGGUGUGAGAGAAAACAGAAGCGCGGUAAGCGCGCUGGAGUCCGUCUUAAGUUAAAGAUUGCUGCCCGCGGGCUGGCUGUCCCGUCAGUACCGCUCUCCAAUGAACACUCCUUGGAAAAUAAACAGCAAUUGACCCAGAGCGAGACGAUGAACUGCAGCACACAUAGUCGUACAGAAACUUGUCUCCAGAACAACAUCCCAGACACAGCCAUCCAGCUAGAGGGACUCGCCAAUUUUCGUGCGGAUAGGAAUACCGCAACGUCUGAUAAGGAAAGAUCUGUUUGUGCAUUGAUCCCUUCAAGAGAUGCAUCUCCAUCUAUUUCAAUACCACCAACCUCUUCAAAGAGUGCAAACUUUGAAAAAGGCAGCAAAACAUCUGAUAAUUUGAAUGAAGAGAUUGUGAAUGAAUGGAGUUCUGAACAGCAGCAGAUUCCUGAACUUGAAAUAACUGAGCACAAUAAGGGUGAUGCUGUUCAAAUGUUAUUGCCAGAAAACUUGGAUGAUCCAGAGAUGAGCACACCAGGACCCAUUGACAAUAUAGACCUGGGUCAAACAGAUCAUCGCACUAGAACAAUUGCUGAAAAAGCCAAGGAGAUUGAAGAGGUUUAUAGGCAAGAUUGUGAAACUUUUGGCAUGGUUGUUCAAAUGCUCAUUAACAAAGAUCCAUCAUUGGAAAACACAGUACAAUUUGCACUAAGAGAAAACUUGCGUGAGAUAGAAGAUCGUUGCACUGAGGAGCUCAAAAGGUUCAUCACCCAGUAUGAUUCUGCUCCUGGAGACAAUACAGCAAAUUUAUAAUUCCAAGACUUGGGUGCUUGAUAAAUCGCCUGCUUUUGUUCCAACGCCAUUUUAUACGAACUAUAAUCAACAAGCUUAUACUGGUGUACAUGGAGUCCAGUCCAUCUGUCAUUGAAUAUAUUGCAUUCCUUAAGCUGAAAUGCUAGAUAUGUUUAAUAAGUUUUAUGGGUGUUGAAACAAAUCUAUACUGACGUCAGUAAUAUGUUCCUUAUAUAAUUUUAUCAUAAUUGGAGUGUAUUUCUGAAAUCAAUAUGGGUUGGAUUCAAAAUAGAAUAUUUUGGUGUAUGUAAAACAUGUUAUAUAAUUCCAAUGGAAAAACAUAAAGGAAUAUCACAAGUUUGGUUUCUACAAUAGGAUCUCAUCGUUUAUGUAAUUUUGUCACUAGCACCUUAGUUUAGAUUAAUAAAAAAAAAGAUUUGACUUUAUUUAAAAGUUAGCAACUUUUUUGUUGUUUCUAUGGUUGUGUACUGAAAUGUAAAAAAGAGAGGAAAAAAUACGAGUUCUCCUGAUGACGUACAGUAUUGGAUAACACACUGCCCAGUUUACUUAUAAGCUGUAAAAGGCUGGAAGAACAGUGGAAAAAUUACAUUUGGCUUCGGUACCUUGAGCAACAGAGAAACAAACCAGGAUUCCCAGUUCUGAAUUUUCUGAAUUCCACUUACGAUCCAAUGUGUGUAAAUGCCUGAUAGAUCAGAUUAGAUCAAGGAUACAAGUGAUAUGUCACAUGUGCUAGCAGGGAAUGUACGUGAAGAAUGGACUCUGGUGCAGGGGGUAUGAGGGCAGUUGCUAUUGACAAAAAAGCACUGAGAGAAGUCACCAGUUAAGUGGAAAUAAGUCCACAAUAAGAAAGGCUUUGUAAGUUCAGGUCCUAGAAUAUUACUUUAAGUGAAUUUUUAUACUCAUGCUCACUAUUCCCAAUCUACUUAUAUUUUGGAUAUGUCUGCAUCAAUUAGAAAUAUGAUCAACAAACAGACAAGGUACUGGCCACAUUAUACCAAAUAAACAGUGUUAAGAGGGGAAGUGCACCAUUAGGGAUAAUCUAAUGCUGUACUAUGGAGAAAAUGUACAUAACUGAGAAGACAUUAGAAAUUGCAUCAAUCUACUGCAGCCUAAUAUUUUCAUUAGCAGUGUUAAGUUUGGAUUUCUGUGUAGUAAAUGCUUUUACUGAAAUUAAUGAAAUGGAUAUAUUAAAACAUUGAAGUAAAAUAGUUCUGGUUUUAUUUUUGAGAAGCGGUAAGAAGACUAAACUUGAUUCAGUGAUGACAUACAUUUCCUAACAAAUUAUUGUUAAAGCCAGAUCAUUCCUUCUGUUUACAUGCUGCAGGGAACAAAGCAUUGUAAAGCCGAUGUAAAGGUAUAUUCAUGUAGUUUAAUGGUGCAAAUUUUGUCUUUGAGCAAUUUAUGUCUGGAUCAAGUGUCUUUGUUGGAAUGAAAACCUGUUUUUCCCCAAAUGUAGAAAUCCUUUGCAAUAUGAACGUUAGCAGUCAUAGCUGAAGGAAUGACGUCCAGCACACAUUACAGACCAUAAUGUGGCAGAUGACAGGAUGGUUGAUAU